AUGGAAAACCCCACCUGGCUUAACCUGCAGGUACCGUUCCCGGAGGAGUUGUCGCCGCAGCGCUGGACAGGCUUGCUGCGCCAAGGGGCGCGGCAAAAUCUACGGAAGGCCUAUGGGCUCUUGAAUGAGAUGCAACAAAGAAGUAUCGAGACCAACGCAAUUCAUUUCUGCACGUUGAUCUCUGCCAGUGAUGCGCAGGGUGAUUGGCAACUGGCAGUUGACUUGUUCCCUGGUGGAAACGAACUGAGCACAGGUUUCGCCCAACUUGAUUUCACCCACCUCAUAUCAUUGGCUUCGAAUGUGAUGAAUGGGGUUUUAGCCUCUCAAAGCUGGUUGGAAAGUCCCAGCGAGUUCGGGGAUACCUCCAGUGGGAUCCAGAAGGCAUCCCCGGAUGUUUUUGGGAUGGCAGCUUUAUUCAGCUGUGAUUUUGCCUUGCCAAUUUUGAGUGUCAUUGAUGUAUCCAAUAAGACAACACUACCCAUAGGAUCCAUGUAUGCUAUAUAUGGUAACAUUUACCAUCAAAAUACCCCAGUCAUGCUAGCAUAUAUGGUCCCGUCCUCCGUCUCUCCACCCCCCCCCCAUGGGUUGGGUCCCCAGGUAGUAGCCCCAAUUCCCUUCUAUUUGCAAGCUAUUGGCAGCAUUUCUGAGGUCCAGCUUCGUAUUUGCUAG